UCAAGGUGAUUCGACACAGACAGACACUCGUUUGUUUUGAGAGUUAAGAACAUUAAAUAUUCACCAAACUGUAAGCCCUCAGAGCUGAGAUGAGCGUUACUGGAAAAUAUCCUUUACAUUUUUUAUGCGUUCUGUAAAAUACAUUAUCAUUAAAGCAAACGUGGAUGUUGCUAUGACAAUUAUGUAGUUGCGCGUGUGCCUUUCGUCGAGACAGCUUUGGAUCUAGACAUAAAUCUAACAGUUCGGCUUAGCAGAACUCGUUUGGGUAUCUGUUUGGAGCAGUUGAAAACGGACCAAAUGGGUGAGAAACGUGGACAUUUUUGGAAGGCCACUUUAGCUGUCCUAUCAUGCGUAUUCUUUGCCCAACUUGUGUCAUGCGAUGCAAGCAAGGCAUGUUGUUCUGACGGGUUAGGCCUGAAUUAUACCCUGCCAAUGCUCAUGGAGUGUAAGAAGAAAGAACAUCCCGACGGCAGGACGGUACAAACCAUCCCCAAGAUCAUCCCUGCUUCAUCUGAAACUGGUGGAUGUCCUACCAGGAGGAAAACACUAAAUAUACCUCCUGGACACAGAGUGUGCAGAUUUCCAGAUUGUGACCAACAAAUUUGUGGAAACGGAUGGUGUGAGGAGACUAUGACAAGUUACCUGUGUCACUGCUCGUCUGGAUUUAAAGGAAUACAUUGUGAUCACGAAUCAUCUUCAUCUCAAGACACAGCUACCACGUCCAUGACAAGGGCUACCACCACCACCACCACCACCACCACUCCAAUAGCCACCAAAACCACCCCUAGGACUGGUGAGUGAUGAUAAAUACCAGGUCUUCCAGAACAAAUCUGCCUGUCUGUCUGCCCAUAUUUAUCUCUCCUUUCUC